GAGUCUGCGGCUUUCCCCGACUGCCAACGAGAGGGGGCCGAGGAGUGACUGAGCUCCGGGCGGCGCAGUCCGACGCCGACUGGGCACGAGCGGGCGACGCUGGGCCUGCAGCGCGGAGCAGAAAGCAGAACCAGCAGUUCAACUAAGCCGGACCGCCUAAGACUUCAAGUUGGAAACUCAGUGGGGCUUUUCCAGAGUCCUCCCUGCUGCUGUGUGGACGACUCGUGGGUGAGGGCAGAAGUAGGCCCUGUGACCAGCUGCACUGGUUUCGUGGAAGGGAGUUCCAGGACUGGCAGGAUGGGCUCAGCCUGUAUCAAAGUCACCAAAUACUUUCUCUUCCUCUUCAACUUGAUCUUCUUUAUCCUGGGUGCGGUGAUCCUGGGCUUCGGGGUGUGGAUCCUGGCUGACAAGACCAGUUUCAUCUCUGUCCUGCAAACCUCCUCCAACUCGCUCAAGAUGGGCGCCUACGUCUUCAUCGGCGUGGGGGCAGUCACCAUGCUCAUGGGCUUCCUGGGUUGCAUUGGUGCCGUCAAUGAAGUCCGCUGCCUGCUGGGGCUGUACUUUGCCUUCCUUCUCCUGAUCCUCAUUGCCCAGGUGACGGCUGGGGCCCUCUUCUACUUCAACGUGGGCAAGCUGAAGCAGGAGAUGGGUGGCAUCGUGACCAAGCUCAUUCGAGACUACAACAGCAGUCGUGAGGACAGCCUGCAGGACGCCUGGGACUACGUGCAAGCUCAGGUGAAGUGCUGUGGCUGGGUCAGCUUCUACAACUGGACGGACAACGCUGAGCUCAUGGAUCACCCUGAGGUCACCUACCCCUGUUCCUGCGAAGACAAGGGGGAAGAGGACAACAGCCGCUUAGUGAGGAAGGGCUUCUGCGAGGCCCCUGGCAACAGGACCCAGAGCGGCAACCACCCUGAAGACUGGCCUGUGUACAAGGAGGGCUGCAUGGAGAAGGUGCAGGCAUGGCUGCAGGAGAACCUGGGUGUCAUCCUUGGCGUGUGUGUGGCUGUGGCCGUCAUUGAGAUCCUGGGGAUGCUCCUGUCCAUCUGCCUGUGCCGGCACGUCCAUUCCGAAGACUACAGCAAGGUCCCCAAGUACUGAGGUGGCUGAUGUCCUCUUCUCCCUGCCCAGCCCCUGACCUCAGGGCUCCCAGGGUCUCCCUGGCUUCCUCCUCCAGGCCUGCCUCCCACCUCACUACCAGGACCCCCUUGCCAGCCCUGACUGAAAGUAGGGGGCUUUCUGGGGCCUGGCAUGCUCUCCUGGCCUUUCCGCUGCCAGCCUUGAGCCCUGGCUGUUCUGUGGUUCCUCUGCUCACCGCCCAGCAGGGUUCUCUUAGCAACUCUGAGAAAAACGCUCCCCACAGCGUCCCUGGUUCAGGUGGGCUGGUCUUCUGCCUGCCCUCAGGGUGUGUAUAUUGUAUAGGGGCAAAUGUAUUAAAACUUGGGGAGGUGGGCAUUAGAUAAGGCACUCUGGGCUGCCAGGAGACUGCCUACUGGGUGGGUCAACUUAUUUCCCACAAUGACAUUUGUAUCUUUGUUUUUUCACAAUUGUAUUGAAGGCAAUGGGAGAGGGUGGGUUUUACCUAUUAUUAAGGGGUGGUAUCCCUUCCUCAGGCCUGACUCAGUCCCAUCCAGACAGCUCAGAUCAGCCUGUCCCAUACUCUGGGGACAGGGCCUAUGGGAGCUGGGCUGGAGGGGCUCGCUCUGCCUGGGUAAGGGGAUCUGACUUGGCCCUGAGCUACUUAGGGACAGGUGAGCCCUUGGGGACAUGGCACAGAGCUGGCCCUGUAUUCUCCAGGGUCCUGAGCUGUCCAAGGGUGGGGAGGAGGAGGAUGGAUUCUCCUGGGAGAAGGUGGGCUGGCCUUUCUUGGUAAGCUGUCCUCUGUCCCCGGGGGUGGGGGGUGGGGGUGAGGCUGUGCCUUGUAGGGGGGAGUGAGGAGGGGGCUCUGUGUGCCUCGUUCUGUAAAACAUACUCAAGGUUCUAAGACUAUUAAAGAGGAUUUAUAACGAUAUAGCCUGGAAUGGUAGGGUUGCUGCUUCCUGGGGCAGGGGAGGACCCAGGGCAGAGGGUAUGAGCAGAGUGGCUGGGUCUGCUGAGGACUGCUGGGCCCUCACUGCUCUGUGCUUCCCCCUGGGCAUCUGACUCCCUCUGCAGCUGGAGCCUGAGGACAGUGAUGAGCCAGGCUCUGAGGGGCCUGCCUGCAUGCUGGGGUGCCUGGAGUUUAGGGGCCCGCCUACAUGCUGGGGUGCCUGGAGUUUGAUUUGGUACUAAGAGAGGUAUAGAGUGUACCUCUCACUUCCUGCUUCUGAAACUAGGGUAUGGGUCCCCCCAGAAGGAGCACAAAAGUGGGCUGGUGAUGGGGGGCAGGCAAGCCACAGGAUAAACUUGGCCUUGCUUUCUGGGACAUCCGUUUUUGCAAAGGUUUGUGGAAGGAAACAUUUUCAUACUAAAGAAAUGUGAUGGAACAAUAUAUGCAGAAUUCAGUGGACUUUUUAAGAUGAAAUGUGAGACUUUGGGAGGUCAAGGCAGGAAGAUCAUUUGAGGUCAGGAGUUUGAGACCAACCUGACCAACAUGGUGAAACCCCGCCUCUCCUAAAAAUACAAAAAUUAGCCGGGCGUGGUGGUACACGCCUGUAAUCCCAGCUACUUGGUUGGCUGAGGCAGGAGAAUUGCUUGAACCCGGGGGAUGGAGGUUGCAGUGAGCGGAGAUUGUGCCACUGCACUCCAACCUGGGCAACAGAGUGACACUCCAUCUCAAGAAAAAAAAAAGACUACUCUAACAACUGAGCCCCAGCAUACCCCUUUCCCAGCGCCAUGAAGCCCAGAGGGCACUUGCCCCACCUUCUCCUCUCAUUUCUGGAGGAGUAGGUGGGCAGGAGAACUCUUGCCUCCUUGCAGUGGGGCCGGGCCGGGCAGGGCAGCGGCAGGAGUGAUAUUUCAGCGGUGACCACCAGGUGGCGGUGCAGCCUCAGCCUAGGAGCCCGACAGAGCCCAAAGGUUCCACGGUUACUCCCCUUCUCGCCAGCCUGGGACCUACCGGAGUCCCACUCCAGUGGACGCACUUGUGAAAAUGCAGAUUCCAGGGCUCAAGGACUGACACUGUAGGUCUGGGAUGGGAACAAGGAAUCUGCCUAUUUGCACCCUUCUGCGUUGAUUCCGGAAGAUUCUCAGACCUGGGGUAAUGUCUGUCCCAGGCCACGUGCUGACCUCCCAGCAAAUGUAGCUGAGGAGGCGUCAGCAGGGGUCGGCUGUGGGUCCCUCUGUGGCCUUGGUUGCCUCCCUCUGGGACGCAGGGAGGGGCGGGAAGUAUCGAUGGUUCCACCUGGCCUGACCACCCUGGGCCCCCAUAGCUUCCACCCUCAGGAAGAGUAGCAGAGAGCCGUUGGGGUAUCUUCAUAAAUGCUUUCUCACGGAGCUAGGGGACCUGAGUCUGAAUCCAGCUCUAUCUCCAUCUUCCUGUGCGACCUGGGGCCUGGCAGGCUGGGGGUGGGCUCAAAACUGUCUGCAAAAUAGACAACAGAAAACUCGGCAGUUACUGAAGGGGUGGGUAGCUUCCUCUGACACGUCCAUCCUGCCCAGAGCUCACAGCUGAAGGGGCUGGAGCCAGGAUUUGAAUCCACGUAUCUGAUUUCAAAGACCACACUCUACUGCCUCCUGCCCUCCCAGAUUUCCCACGACAGCCCCAGCUCGUGGAGUUUGUGAGGCCCUGGCCCUUGGUUUUGUGAAAUUUGGUCACUGUGAGCUCCAAGACUGCUGACCUCUUCAUUUUGGCCUCCUGGGAAUCACCCAGUUUUAGCUCCCCACUUACCUCCAGCCUGUGAGGUUUUGGGAGGGAGGGAGCAUAGACCCAUGUCUAAUACCAGAAAUGGUCCCUGUAGCCAGCCAUUUGUCCCAAGCUCAUCUGGGGCUUCCAUGCCUUCCAGCUGCCCUCCCUGGGCCCUCUGUGGGCUUCUGACUCUCCUGCUAAAAGCCCUGCCAGGCCCAGAGGACUGGCACAUGGUGCCCAUGUGCAGGAGGAUACAAGGGUGCUCCUUGCCAGUGCCCACCCACAGCUCUCUGGGGCAGGCAGGAAGCAUGUCUCUGGCAGAGGGCUGCUCUCUGGGCUCCCAUAGGAGGUUAGAGACAGUGCCUAGGAUGUGUCCAGGAAGCUGGACUUUGGGGGGCACUGACUGGCAUGGCCAUUGACCAAUGAGAAUGGAAGUCAGGCCCGAGCUGGACUAGGAUCCUUAUGUAUGGAAUGGUGGGAGGUACAAGGGCUCUGAGAGGUUGGGCUGGGGGGGAUUUUCAACUGGCGUAGAAAUAUUUCACCAUUUUAUUAAUAACUAGCAUGGCUGGCUGGGUGAGUACUGAAUGGCAGCCUGGUAUAUGUGCACAUACAUACAGGCACUCUCUCUCACAUGCACACACUUGAGGCCCUGAAGCCCCCUGAAUGCUCAGUCCAUUCCCAGCUGGGAGGAACCCCAGCUCUUCUUCCCUGAGACUAAGCUUGCAGGUAGCCCGUGGUGAACAGGGAAAGCCAAGUGUCUUCCUGCCUGGCCUUCCCAGGCCGACACUGCAGAGCCCCUCUGCCACUGACCACUGUCCUGUCUCCCAGCAGAGCUGCCUCCAGCCUCUGCCCCAAGGUCUUCCAGUUGAGCAAGUCCCCCAGGCCAAGAGCAGCAGGGUGUAGGGGCACACUGGUGACACUGGAGGACCAGCCAUCAGGCAUCUCCUGGGCCAGCACUCCCAUCACCUCCCCUCGCCUGCAGAGGGACAGAAACUCAAGUUACCGUGCUGCCUCAGGCCCAAGGUCUGGCUGUUCUUUGGGGUCUUUAGAGGCUGUAGGCUAAGGUUCGUUCAUUCAUUCAUUCAUUCAUUCAUUCAUUCAUUCAUCCCAAGAAUACUUAAUGGGCACAGACUAUUUGUGAAGCACAGUUGUAGAAUCUUAGAAACAGCAGUGAAUAAACACAAACCCCCUGCCCACAUGGCACCUGCAUUCUGAUGAGUGUAGGGAUGCUCGCACACAACUGAUGCACCAGGACACGUGUGCGCACAUACAGCACACACAUGCACACCAGCACACCCUCCCACAUGUACAGAGGUACAUGCCAGAACAUGCUGCCAACUGCUGACAGCACAAUCUAAGCCGCGUGUUGCUGUGGGAUCCCUGGGGCCCAUCCAAGGCCCUAUCCUGUGGAAGGAAGUAAAAUGAACAGUGCGUGGAACAAACAGGAAAGUAGGGGGAAGGACUCAUCGCUCAGCCCUGUCCCCUCUAGCCACAGUGCAGGAAUCAGCCAUUGCCCCAGCAAUCCCCUUCCCAACUGAAAUCAAAUAGAAUCAGAGCAGCUGCUUGCUGGAGGUUACAGGCUG